AUGGCUUGCGCCACGUCCCCCGUGGCCGUGGAAUCUCAUGCUGAACAAGCGCAAAUGACAGAAACCACCAGUUUACUGUCUGCAUCAGAUAUCCUACGAAGUCGAAGGCGCAGACACUCAUUUCAUUCGGUUCGCAGACUCUCGUGUGACUACGAUGCCGACGCUAUCUUCUUAAGAGUUGAAUUGUUUCUAGCAGAUCUAGAACGGCGGCUACAAUGGCUGGAGAACUACAGACAAUCACAUAUAGCAGACGUCGAUUCCGGCUUAAAGCGAGCAUACUCCGCUUUACAGACUGUAAGGGAGAAAUGUUGCCAUGCAUCUGGUGAGCUUAUGGGAAGUGGGAAACGUCGAGCAAGAAUAGUGGUAGAAACGUUGGAGGAGCAAUAUAACCAUGCGCUUGCAACCAAAGAAACACUGGAACAGAAAGCACAAGCAAGUAUGCGACUCAUGGAAAGCUUUUUAUUAGAACUCGAAUCAAGUGUACACGCCGUUAAAGAUCGAGGGAUAUAUGGUGCACUUGAUGAGGGGUGGCGUGCUGUUGAUUCGGGCCUAAACCAUGCUCGAGUGGUGCUCGAUGAGGGGAUGGAACGCGCCCGACAUGCGCAGCUCGCUCUAUGUGAAAGUAUCGAGCGCGCCAUUCUGCUGGCCAAAGAGAAGCGACUUAUCACCUAUGCAGAUCUCCCUCAUCCCUGGAGGGUCAACCCCCACAUCCUGGAUGGCUAUCGUUUCACGACCUCCAAAAUCGAAUGCGUGACUUCAGUUUUUACCUUCUCGAACGAACUCGUCAACAUCUGGUCUCAUCUAAUUGGUUUAAUUAUCGUUCUCGCCGUGGCAUUCUAUUUUUACCCGCUCAGCCCCAACUUCUCUCUUAGCACCAAAGCUGACAUCGCUGUGGCUGCUAUUUUCUUCACGGCCGCCUCCAAAUGUCUCGUCUGCAGCACGGUAUGGCACACCAUGAACGGCAUUGCAUCACAGACCUUAAUGGAGCGAUUUGCCUGCGUGGAUUAUACUGGAAUAUCCUUUCUAGUCGCCGCGUCUAUCGUUACAACUGAAUAUACGGCAUUUUACUGCGAACCCCUUUCUCGUUGGAUUUAUAUCCUUAUGACAUCUUCUCUCGGCAUUGCUGGCCUCAUCCUUCCCUGGCAUCCUACUUUUAACCGCGCUGAUAUGGCCUGGGCCCGUGUCGCUUUCUACGUUACUCUUGCACUGACUGGAUUCGCCCCACUUAUUCAGUUAAGCUACACUCGAGGAUUUACGUGGUGCCUAUAUUUCUAUUCACCCAUAAUGAAAAGUCUUCUUGUAUACUUUUCGGGUGCUUGCAUCUAUGCUUCCCAAGUUCCUGAACGCUGGUGUCCCGGCCUGUUUGAUUAUUUUGGUGGCAGCCAUAACAUCUGGCAUAUCGCAGUGCUGGGUGGGAUUUUGUUUCACUAUCAUGCGAUGCAACACCUCUUUACUGGAGCUUUCACACGCGCGGCAGGCGAAUGUCCGGUUUUAAAGUACUAA